AGGUCUACAAGGUACUUUGGCUGUCAUUCAUCUCAUAUAUAUCUGUAACUAUCUUUUCCGAAAAGAGACAUCAUGAACAGUUGUAUGUCCGAAGUAUUAUCAAAAAGCAAAAACAAACAAACAAAACCCCACACAAUCAUGUGAUGAGAGCCAUGUGGUAAGAGCAGCUUAAGAGACAGUGGUUUUAGUUAAUAAUAAACUGAGAUUAAAUAGCAUGAUCUUACCAAUGAAUUCAAUCUAUUGUUAUAUUAUCAGAAGUGUGAAAUGCAGAAUAAAUACGAUUAGUUUGCUCUACUCUCCUCUUGACAGAUUACACCAACAGUGGAAUGCAACAUCUUAUAAAGUGCUGAGUUUUGCAGUUCUGGAAAUGUUCCAACUAAAGGAGCAUGAUUACUGCUAAGGACCUUAUAAAGGGGAUUCUAGAAAUGGUUGAUAGUGAUUGGGGGCAAACCCUGAGCCUUCUCACUCUGAUUUAUAUAAUUUUGUAGGCCAAGCAUGCCGUUGUUUAGCAUAUAGUGAACAGAGACAAACUAUGAGAAAGACAAACCAGACACAGGUGACUGAAUUCUUCCUCCUGGGACUCUCUGAUGACCCAUAUAUCCAGAAACUGAUGUUUGCCUUAUUCCUGGGUGUCUACCUGGUCACUGUGCUUGGAAAUCUGCUUCUGAUGUCCCUUGUUCAGGUUGACCCCCGACUUCACACACCCAUGUAUUUUUUUCUCUGCAAUUUGUCUCUGGCUGACCUCUGUUUCUCUACCAACAUCGUUCCUCAGGCCCUCGUUCACCUGCUAUCCAGGAAGAAGGCCAUUUCAUUCAUACGUUGUGCAGCUCAGCUUCUACUCUUCCUCAUUUUUGGGGGUACACAGUGUGCCCUUCUAGCAGUGAUGUCCUGUGAUCGCUAUGUGGCCAUCUGCAAUCCUUUGCAUUACUCUAACAUCAUGACCUUGAGGGUGUGUGUCCAACUGGCCACAGGCUCAUGGACCAGUGGCAUUCUGGUGUCUGUUGUGGACACCACCUUCACAUUAAGGCUACCCUACCGAGGCAGCAAUAGCAUUGCUCAUUUCUUUUGUGAGGCCCCUGCACUGUUGGUCCUGGCAUCCACUGAUACCCAUGCUUCAGAAAUGGCCAUUUUUCUAGUGGGCGUCGUGUUCCUCCUCAUACCGGUUUCCCUAAUUUUGGUAUCCUAUGGCCUUGUUAUAGUGACUGUGGUCAGGAUGAAGUCAGCUGCUGGGAGGCUCAAGGCAUUCUCUACCUGUGGCUCCCACCUCAUGGUGGUCAUCCUUUUUUAUGGAUCAGCAAUUAUCACCUACAUGACACCAAAGUCUUCCAAGCAGCAGGAAAAGAUAGUGUCUGUUUUCUAUGCAGUGGUGACCCCCAUGCUCAAUCCCCUCAUCUACAGCCUGAGGAACAAGGAUGUGAAGGGAGCUCUGAGAAAAGUAACCACAAGGAAUUUCCCAUCCAGCCUUGGGAUCUACCACUGAUUGUGAGGUCAGAGACCCUGCCACUCCCUACUAGUAAGACUUGAUGAGUAGUCACCUUUCGUGUGAAUCUGGAACAUGGUAAGAGGCUCAUCUUAGGGCCUUGUCCUUGGAUACACUCUCCAUCCGUCAUCCGGGAUUUCCUUUGUAGAAGGAGAAGGACGGUAACUCA